AUAAGUGUGCCAAGCUCGAUUGAAUUUCAACAACCCAAUGAAAAGUUAUUGAGGGGGGGGAGGGGGGGCGGAUUCCACCCCGCCCCCGAUCAUAGUAAGUUCGAAAAAUCCCGGACCGAAUAUGGUUAAAAUUGAAGCUCACAUCUGCCUAUUUUUCAUAGGUUUUGUGAAGAGACAUGCCAUAUAAGGUCUUUUAGGUGAGAAUGAUAUAUCAAAAUACGCAUAUCUCACCCAAACGAUUUGAAAUAUAUUAUCUAGGAAUAAAAAUGAAGGAACACCAUUACUUGAAUCGUCAACUCAGAUCCAAAGGAAUUCAACGACUCGUGAAACUGAAAGUGAAGUCGCAAAAACGCAAAGCUCAGUUGUGACGCCUAAAUUUCAAAUGAAAGAUAAAGUUCAAGAACGUGGCUGGAAGGCGUGGUUAGCUAAUAUAAAAACAUAUAAGCUAAUAAAACUAUUUUGCUUGAAAAAUUACGCACAAGUCAAUUUGGUAUACUUUGUUAUUGGACUCAUCGCAUUUGGAAAUCAUGAAUUACUUCCACUGUUUGUGGCUAGUUCUGCUGAGUAUCAUGGUAUGGGUUUCUCUACGUCAAAAAUUGGACUAACACUUUUCAUGGUGUCAGUGUGCUUCCUUCCAACGCAGUUGUUAAUCGUACCCAGAGUCGUAAGACGUUACGGAUCGAGAAAGGUCCUUAUUGGAUCUUAUCUUUUGCUAGCAUUCACAUGUCCAUGGACACCUAUUUUGGUUAAUAUUUUUUCAAACAGAACUGCUGCGUGGAUGGCUGUGGUAGUUGUUUCAUUUUUGCAAAGAAUACUUAUGGCAUCUGGUUUUGUUUCAAUUAAUAUUCUGAUCAAUAAUUCAGUUUCACCAGACCUUUUGGGAUCAGCAAAUGGCUUUUCAAUGAUUUUCCUAUCACUCGGAAGAAUGAUCGCACCACUUAUUGUCGGCAGCACGUAUUCUUGGUCACUGAAAAACAUUCUUGACGUCUCGUCUAAUAGUAGUCCAAUAGGAUUUCCAUUUGAUCAACAUUUUUCUUUUUAUGUUUUGUCAUUGAUGUCAAUAUGUAAUAGUUUCUUUGCUUCAGCAAUCUCACCUACAUUGGACAAAAAGAAGAUAAUGUCAUCUGAUAUGAACAGUGAACAGGCGUGCGGUACGACAUGCUCCAGAAAGGACACUAAGAUGUGAGUUCAUGACGAGAGUACCAACUUUCACUUUUAUUGUUGUGACGUUAAAAAUAAGAAUUCUCGUUUGCCAAGCAAUCAUUAAAAGUGAAGCAACAAAUCGGCUUAAGAGCAUUUCUGACAUUUUUUUAUACACACGCAUUUAAUUCUUGCGCACCUAGUAAUUUUUGUGCGCUCUCUUUGGAUAAUAUAUAUGAGAAACACCCAAAUGUA